UGGCUCUUCCUUCACGGAUGGGCAAACUUAGAUUUGAUUCUUUGUUAGUAGAGGCUGAGUUGUCUUGAUGCUGAUUUUUUUUGGUAAUGUGUGGAUUGACUUUUACUGUGUUUCCAUUCACUUCUCCUUUACACCACUCUCCUUGCCAAAAGCAAAACCCUAGUAUAAAUCAAAAAGAGAAAAGUUAAAAGGCCCUUGCCCCCUUGUUUGCCAAUUCAGCUUGCUUUCUAUACUCUACAAAAUAUACAGAUACUGAUGUUUGAUGGGGUUUUAAUGGAGUGGUUGGCUUUGCCUCGUCCACCCAUCAAUCAUAAAGUUGUUAGAACAAGAUUUCUCUUUCUCAUGUCAUUUCUCUUUCAAGCCAACCAUACUUGAAGGUAAGUAAACGCAAAGAUGUUGAAAUCUGCAGUGUAUCCAAAAUGUGAGACGGGGGAUUACAAUGACCAUGGUCUUGAUCUUCAGGAGGACUUUUCACAGUUUUUGGAGGAAGCAAGAAGGCAUGCAAGACAAGGAAAUCCCCAGGGCCCAUCACCACAUGGAGAUGAAGCUGGAAAGGGAAGAUUGAGUGAAGAGAAAAGGAGCAAGAAGUCAUGGAAAAGCACUCUGUUUUCAUGGUGGAAAGCUGAUAAAAAGAACAAGCCCAGUGUGGAACAGGUGCCCUGUUCUCGCAUUUCUGAUCCAAGACGCGGACAUGUUUCUGGUCCAAUUUAUGGGAGCGGCAGGCGAACAGAUAGCAAGCAGCGCCGCCCCACAUCUGGCCCGCUUACUAGUCUCUUCAACCCCACAAGGAAAGCAGAAACUGAUAUUCCCUAUGUGAGUCUUAACCAGCUGAGCAGUUCACAUAGUGCCCAGGCCUAUGGACCUGUUUACUUGGUAACGUGAAGAAUCGACACCAGAAGGUUGGCAGAAGCCUGAAAAUGUUGGUACAUUGGAAAAACAAUGGAAGUUUGGCGACAAGGAAGUGUAAUAAGAUAAUUUCCAUGGUGUGUAGAAUCUGAGUGCCUGCUGUAAUGGUUAAGCAAUUGGAAUGUCUGAAGGGAAUGCAGAGUUUGGAAAUAGAGCCAACUAGGUUGGUUGGUUGAGUUCUCUUUAAGUUGCGCAAGAAAAUCUCCAAGCAGUCUCUUGAGCUUCCAUUUCAUUUUUUCC